UAAUAAAGGAAAAAUAUUCAGCUCAAACUUUCGAUAUUCUCAUUGCCUCUGAUAGUUUCGAUUUUCAUCUGGUUUUUGCUUAAUCAGUGAAAUGUUUCUUCGUAGAAAGCAUACACAGAAGGACGAUUCUGAGCAACGAGAUGCUAAGGUCAGUGAACUCAGGACUGCAAUAGGGCCCCUGUCUGGGCGCAGUUCAAUGUACUGUACCGAUGCAUGCCUCAGGAGAUAUUUAGAAGCUCGGAAUUGGAAUGUUUCUAAGGCAAUGAAAAUGUUGGAAGAGACGUUAAAGUGGCGUUUGACGUAUAAGCCAGAAGAAAUCCGUUGGCAUGAAGUGGCACAUGAAGGUGAGACCGGAAAAGUUUCCCGGGCGAACUUCCAUGACCGUCAAGGAAGAACAGUGCUUAUAAUGAGACCUGGAAUGCAGAAUACAACAUCAGCAGAAAAUAAUAUCCGCCAUUUGGUUUAUCUCAUAGAAAAUGCUAUCCUUAAUCUCUCCGAGGGCCAAGAACAAAUGUCAUGGUUGAUAGACUUCACCGGCUUUUCAUUGAGCACCAGUGUUCCCAUCAGAACUGCCCGGGAUAUCAUUUACAUACUUCAGAGUCACUAUCCAGAGAGACUGGCAAUCGCUUUCUUGUAUAAUCCACCGAGGUUUUUUGAACCAUUCUACAAGGCUGUCAGGUUAUUUCUGGAUCCAAAAACAGCUCAGAAGGUGAAGUUUGUUUACGCUAAAAACAAAGACAGCGUAGAGCUCAUGCAAUCUUACUUUGAUGUCGAGAACCUCCCCAGUGAAUUCGGAGGAAAUGCGACCCUGAAGUAUGACCAUGAAGAGUUCUCACGAUUGAUGGCUCGAGAUGAUGUAACGACAGCUAAAUUCUGGGGAAUUGACGAGAAACCCCACCAAAUCAGCAAUGGACAUUAGGUGGUGUUGGAGUCGGCGCCCAUUGCACAGCGAGCGAACUGAGAGAACUCACAUAUUGUCUAGAAAUGGAAUGUCUGAGAUUUAAGUAAGUACAAGAUGAGCAUCAAAAUUAGCAUCCUUGCUUAGGGGAUGAAUAAGUGUCGGUUGUUCUUUUUCUCCGCAAUGCUAACCAUUAGCAUGUUUUAUGCUUACAUAAAUGCUACUA